AUGCCGACCGUGUCCAUUGUAGGCAUCGAUGCCGCCUGGGAGCCCUCGUGCUGCCCAUCCGUGAUCCCCGAUGCGGCAGGCGCCGCCACGCGAGACAGCACCGGCCUUCUCGCGGUGCCGGAGGUAGAUAUGGAAACGGGCAUCGUUAUCCUAGACCUCAGCCGCCGCAGUGGCGACGAGAACGCAUCGCGCGGUCCUCAUGUCUAUGGCGCCGCUCGUAAUGCCUCCGACAAGCCGCCGAUUUGGGCUCGCAACAGUGGCGUGUGGGCACGCCUGCAGGCUGCCGGGUUCCCGUGCCUCAUCGCUGUCCUGGCACAGCCGCUCGUGAGAGCCGCCGCUGCCGCACCACCACUGCCGCCGGCGCCGAGGACAGAGGAUGAAGGAAGCGACGACAGGGGGUGCGCGGACAGCGCUGGCCUCGGUGCAGAUGCGGGGGCGGGUGUGGCGACCGUGCCGGCACACAAGCUACCGCUACCGUGGGCGACCACCUCUCUCCUUACGCUCCCCUCACCUUCGAGUGCAUCCAACCAGGCGGCGAAGCCGCUGCUCGUUUAUGUGCCCACCACCGCACCCGCUGCGGCUGCCGGCUACAGCGGUGCGGCAGGCGGGGUCGGCGCUACUGACUCAGAAACACCGGCGGUUGCUGCAUCGCCUCCCCUCUCGCGCAGCGUGGUGGGCAAGCUGGGCAAGCUACCGAGCCCUGACCUGUCCCCGGCAACAGCAGCCACGACCACGCCUGCAGAUCUGUCUCUCUCCGUCGCGUCUUCGACACCGCUCCGUCGCUCGUCGCAACCGCGCGCACUCCUGCCUCUGUACUUCAGCUCGGCCCCCGUGGCGCCGCUUCACCACCUCCUUGCCUCAGCUGCCGUGUGCGUGGACAGCCACGGAAUACCGUCGGCUUCCUCUGCUGCGGCCGCACAUGACGAGGAGGAUGCCCAGCCCUCACUCAGAGGCGCUGGUACCACGUGUGAAGCAGCUAAAAGGGAGCGCGUGCGAGAAGUCGAUACGUUGCAGCAGCCGCCACCUCCCUCGACGAGCGCCUGUACAGACGUGAGCACCGGUGCGGUUGGUGUUGCUCGAGUCAUCUGUCGCGCAGUGUGGCCAAUCCCCCCGUGGCCGGGGAAUCCACUGCCGGUGUUCGCUCCGGAGGCGGUCCCGCUGCUAUCCUACUCGGUGAGCACUGCUGGCGGGCACCGUGGCGUUUCGGUAGACGAAUCCGCAGCGCCUCGAGUGGCAGAAACGGCAGCAGCGGAUGACGACGAUGUGGAAGCGGCGGUGUCUGAUCUGCUGGAGCACCUCGGUGAGUGGAACAGCUCCCUUGUGGCCGGCAUGUUCUUGAGUGCGAAGGUGCUGGCGGCAAGCACGCCCACGACACAAGCGGCUCCACCGCCCUUGCCGCAGCAGCAACCGGAAGCGACAGCGACGAGGACGAGAGAGGGCGAGGCAGAGGCGGAAGCAGUGGCUCUGGAGAAAGAAGGUGACAGUGUCACCGUGGCCUCGGCAUGCCCGACGUCAAUGCCAGAGCUGCUAGCGCUCCUCUUUCACUACUGGCAUCAGCGGUUGGCGGACCCGCCGGCGCGCCUGUCUGCAGCGGAGCCUCCUGGAAGGCAUCAGCAGCACCACGAGGCACGCGCAUCUCUGAAAGCCGUUGCGGGCACCACCGCCACCGCCUCCACUGCCACCGCAUUUGCCGCCCAGGAGAGCGUUGGCGUGGUGCCGCAGCCCCCAUCGCCUCCCACGCAGACGCCGACACUCAUCAGCCGCGCCUUUUUUCAGGAUCCUCGAGGCCACGAGCACGCGACAGAAGCGCCCUGGCACAACUCCGCCAAACAAACGCCGGCGCAGGCAACGCCGCUGUCCUCGCCCUCCCCGCUGCCCCCUGCCGCCCCGCACCACUACACGGCCGCAUUCCUUGUGGAGCAGCUGCUGAUGUCGAUCGAGUUUUCCAUCGCGUACUUGGUGAGUCGCAAGCGGGACGCUGAGGCAACGGCGGCGGUGGCUGGCAGUCAGGCAGACAGAGAUGCUCUCCGUGACGCAUUCAAUGAAGACGAUGCUCGAGCGCCGCCUUUGACCCCGUUGCGGGUGCAGCAGCGGCUCCGGUGCUACCGACUUCCGCUGGUCUCCUCGCACACGCCGUUUGAAGCGGUGUGGGGGCUGUACCUCGCGCAGCGAGUGCGCAUGUUCAGUGCCUCCGAGACCUUAGCAUCCGCAGCCAAGGUCCGUGUUGGCACACACACGCCGCCUGCCGCGCGCUUACAGUCGUCGACGCCCUCGAAGCCGUCGCUGGAGCGUGCCGAAGCAGCGCUUGCCGAUCGAGAGGAAGAGGCGCAGCGGCAAGACGCAUGUGGCCUGAGUUGCACAGCAAUGGACGUGUGGACACUGUGGCAGCGGGCAGCAGGAACGACGUCGAAACGGUCACCAGCAGCGCCAACAGCCUUGGCGCCCAUAGUCAAGGAAGCGGCAGUGGAUGCCAUACCUCUAUCACCACCGCUAAAGCUCACGGCGCCACCGCGGCCCGCGAAUGCGCUGAUGGGGGCAAGAAACCCCACAAUAUCGACGCCGCCACUGUCCUCAUCAGGCCGCCAGCUCGUUCUGCCGCCUGUUCGCUCCUCAACACCACAGCCGCUACCCAGUCGUUUGCCCACGCACAUCAACUUCACGGUGCAGACAGUCUCGAAGCCGUGCAAGAGCUCCCACAGUGCCCCUGACGUGUCCGCCAUAGCAGCAGCAGCAGCAGCAGCCCAUGAAAAGUCACUGCCGUCCCCACACACAGUGUUAGCUGCACAAGCGGCUCAACUACAGCAAGGACGUGAGCCGGUGCCGAUGUCCUCGGCAACGUCGGUGGCGACAGCGACCGCGGGACUUCUUCAGGUACUUCCGAGCUUCCUCUCCUCUCGCGGCCCAGUGCCGGAUGUGGCUUCUCCGCCGUCGCUGCAAUCCUCGACUUCGGUACGCAAUGUGCCCUCCGCGCAAUGGCUCCACAAGCGGGCCAGAGCAUCCACAGCAGCGACUGCUGACUUGCGUGCCGCAGCGCAGCCUGCUCAGAGAAGGGGCAACGCCGACGCUUGGCUGCAAGAGCGGCGAGAGACACAUGGCGUCAGCGAGGCGGCAGCCGCCGUGGGGUACGCACCAGCCUCUCAGCAGCCGGCACCAGGUACGAUGCGUGGUGGCCGCGUCGAUUCAUGGGAGAGCAUUGGCGGUAGCAGCCUCGACAGCGCGGACGGGCUGAGAGACAAGAGGGACGACGGCGUGGCGCGUGCUGCAGGGCAGUGGGCCGCCAGCACCACCGUGAUCGGCAGUAUACAUGGUGCCUCCACUCCUUUGGUUGCUGCUGGACUGCAGGCGCACGCGCAGCCGCGACGCGCCACCCUGCCAGCCACCUGGACCGUCGAGCUACCCAAAAGUGUUCGUCCCGCUGCACCGGCUGCGGAGAGCGGCAGGCGAAAAACACAUCGUACCGGCGAGGUCGGUGGCGACAGCGACGAUGGCGGCCGGCACACCGCAUGCGCCACCAGGGCAACGCCGUUGGAGGGGUGGCAGGAGACGCCAUCGCCCAAUGAGGCGCACUGGAUCGAUUAUCGCGGUUGUGUGGAUGCGGCAACGACGGUGCCGCAGUCGUCUCGCUGCCGGCGGCCGCGCGGAGGGCUGUACUCUGCCGCCUCCUUCGUAGCAGUCCUCUCUGCGGCGGUGACACAGGUGCUGUCCCAGCAGCAGGAUCCAUCGCAACAACAUCAGCAGCAGCAGCUCCACGGCUUCCCCGCAGCCCCUCCCUCCUUCGCGCCCUCGGGCUCCGCCCCUUUCUCCUCCACGGCAGCGGCGGUGGCGGCACAGCGGCUGGAGCAGAUCCACCGUGGCCGACUGUUGCCCUCCCUCGCCACGCUCGACAGCCUCAACUUGCUACCGCAGUACGUGCCUGUCUGGUGCUACACGUACGACCCCAUCACGGACCAGCGGGCAAGGAGGCGGCGCGGCGACGAUGGUGGCGGCAGCAGCGGUCACAUGCACAAUCGAAGCUACCUACAGCGCUACGCCCCAUCGUCCAGCGGGGCGGUGACCGGUUCGCGUGGCGGCAGCGGCGGCGGCGGCGGCGCAGGCGGUGGCAUCCAUGAACUGGGUCGCGCUGGCAGGGCAGGCUUGACCGCCACCUGCAAGUAUGUUGCUGAGACGGCACGAACAGUGCUCGAUGCGGUGAAGUCGUCUGUCCCGAACAAGGUGCAAGGCGCGAGGGGCAUCAAUGGGGAUAGCACCCAACCCGUGAGAGGCGGCACCGGCGACGAAGCGAGAGCCGAUUUUCCCGCCACACCGGCGACAGCGGGUGCACCCACGGAGACCCCUGUCAUGUCUUCCGUUGCCGUCUCUGCGCUACGCACGUCCUUGGAUGCGCCUCUCUCUGUGAUGGCUGGCGUUCACACCCCCGCGUACGGCAGCGGCAACGCGACUCGCGAUGCGACGAAGGAUCCAAGUCUGUACUACGCCGUGUGUGGGCUGUACAUCACGGAACAGGACAUCAUCAUACGCGCCAUUCCAACGGUGGAGGUCGAGCGCCAGCGUGAGAAGGCGAGGCAGAAGCGGCGGCAACAGAAAGGUGUAUCCUCGGCGCCAACGCGGGGAUCCGGCCGGGCAAAAUACAGCGGCGGAGGUAGAAGCUGCCUCGGCCGCGGCGGCGCACCUUCAGUUGGCAACGAAGCCGAGCGCCCGAAGUACGCUGACGAGAACAACAGCGGCGACGAGGGCAACAACGGCGACGACAGCGACGAUGAGGAAGUGGUGGAGCUGCUGAUCUUGCCACGCGUCAGCCUUGUGUCUGUCACGCCGUGUGCGGUGGACCGCAGCGCCGGCGGCGUCUUCGCCGUCAAGCACGCUCGCAAGCUGUACGACCAUCUGGAGCGAGACCGCAACUUUGUUCCUUUGUCCUCAGCGGCCGCCACCUCAGGUUCGACCUCGGCCGUACCCGCCUCUGGCGGCAGUGGUAGCGGCGGCGGUCGCGAAAGUGGCGAAGGCGCAGCGGGAAGCAGCGUACCGUCCGCCCCAACGGGGUAUCGAGUAUCGGUGACGGGCACGACGACCUCCAGCACGGGCAUCAAUGCGCGACACCACCUCCCGCGCGCAUCAGCGCGCUCAGGCCAGCCAGGGCAGACAUCCUUCAUGACGUCGUCGACUGUGGUGGUACUCAAACUGCAAUCCAAAGGGAUGCAGACGGUAUGGCUGGAGUUUGCAGACGAGACGGCGUUGAAUGAGGUCCAUCAGCUACUGUCCACCCCACUGCCACCUUCAGCCCAACCACGUGGGAUGGCAGCCUGUCAAGCAGGGCCGUGGUGCGCGCCACCGCACCCGCAGCAGCUGCCGUGCUAUGGCAACCGAUUUCUGUCCAGCGCCCGCCGCCUUUGGUGCAUGGUGCCUCUGGUCCUGCUUGCCACGAACGUGCUGCCGCAGGGAGCCGCCACCUCGCCGUUCAUGCAGGCACUCCUGAAGAACGUCACCGUGGCGGCGGUGAUGCUUAACACGCAGGCAACGGCGCCGUGCAUGGCAGCGGCGACAACCAGGUCGCCAUCACCUCUGUCGAUGGAAGCCUCCACGUUCUCUCUGCUUUCGCCUCUGCCCCCGCCCCUGCGCGGGCCCCCCAUAAUGCUGGCCGACACGUGGUGGCUCUACGACCCCGCUCGAGAAUUCGCGCGUCAAAGCCUGUCAGAGGAGCACUGGUCCAUGACGUCGGCGAACGCGGAGUACGCCCUCUGCCCGACCUACCCGUCCACUUUCGUCGUCCCCGCCGCCGUCGCACGCGCGAUGGAAAACAACGAGGUGGACGGACGACACCGCAUGUCGCGCCGCGUCGAAGCGGUCGCCUUCUACUACGCGCCAACCGGUGGCGUGCUCGUCCGCAGUGCGCAACCGACGCUGGCGACGCUGGUGGCCGAUGUGCCGACCGGGCAGGCGUUGGAGUGGACAUCGCGCAUGACGGGUGGCCGGCUUGGUAGAGCAGCGCCGGCCGCGUCGCCAGCGUCACAGACACAGCCGUCGCCACUGGUGGCGCCGCUGCGGGACGUCCUUCGCCUUACACUGAACGCCUUCGCCGCGGCGGCUGGCGUGGCGGCUCAGCAGAUCGUCGUGAUGGACCUCCGCUCUGCCAGGGCGGCGUUCGCGAAUGUGGGGAAGGGGGGCGGCACCAUGGAGCUUCUUCUGUACCCCUUCGGCGGUGUGGAGUACGCUGGGCUGCCAAACAUCCACAGCGUGCAGAAGGCGUGGCGUAGGCUGAGAGCGUCCCUCACACACGACGCGCCGUACCAGCUCCGGGGAGACGAGAGCGGCUGCCUCGAGACGCAGUACGUGAAACACGCAGGAGAGCCGCCGUACGCGGCGGUGGUUGCUGCUGCUGAGCUCUCUGCAACGGCGAAGCGGCCCGCGUCAGGGCUCGGCGUUGCCUUGCCACUGUUGGCGUCGCUGCUGCCACGCCUGCAGGGGUGCAGCCCGGGUACUCCGCAGUCAGCGAGGGACUUUAGUAGUGGUGCGAACGCAGAAGCGGCUAACAAGCUCAGUGCUGGUGAGUCCGGCGACAGCGAUGGUAACGGCGAGAGCGGAGGACCAAGAGACGGCGCGGCAGCGGAAGACUGUGCUGCGAACACAACGGCCACAACAUCAGCGCCAUCUCGGCCUCCCUUCUCGCUUGGGGGUGUGCGAUGGAGUGCCAUCUUCUCCGCCAUGGCCCCUGUCGGCGGCGCGUCCGUCACUGCCAUGAUGCCGGCAGCACAGCACGAGUGGCUCGCCUACAUUGCCAUGCUGCUCAACACCGCCGUCGUUGUAGCGCGGCGUGUCUGCGGCGUGCCGACGGACCCGCUGUACGUGCCCGCCCUGCAGCACAACGGCCCUUUGGCAAACUGCUUCUCGUACAUUGUAGGCCACGCCUUCACGCAGUUUCGGCUACCAAAGGCUACGACGCCGGCGUCUGCGGCGCCACGCUCGGGGUCGAGGCGCGGCUUGUGGACGUCCGUCACAGCGGCAGCGACGGCUGUUCGCAGUGUCAGGGCGCCGCUCGCAUCGUACGAGCACAGCGCACACGCGACACUCGCGCAUGUGGUGUUUCUCAACUGCUCCGAUGGGUGGGACCGCACCCCGCAGAUUAGCGUCCUCGCACAGCUGCUGCUGGACCCCUACUAUCGCACAGUAGAGGGACUCUGCAUCUUGCUGGAGCGCGAGGUGCUUUGCUUUGGACAUCCGACGCAGCUACGUUCAACGGCGGUGCGCGGCAGUGUCGACGACUACUGGGACCAACUCCUCCGCGACGACCGAGACGCUGCCGUAGCCGCGAAAAGGAUGAACGCGCGGGUCCCCGCGGCAGCAGCGGCGGCGGCUGCACAAACACACGCGACGUCAGCGACCGCGGAGGGCCAGCGACUCUUCCACGCGGCGAACACGCAGGCAAUGGAGGCGCCUCCGCGCAAAACCGCUACGGCAGCCUCUCAGUCGUCGACCGUCCUUGCCGCUCACGCAUUGGCAGCCGGCGAAGCGGGGACUACUGUGGAGAGUGAGCCUAGGAGCGACAGCGAGGGGGGUCAAGCUAGCUGCGACGUCGAGCCGCUGACGGCCGCUGCUGCCGCCACCGCCCGGGAUGACGAUGACGACGACGUUGAAAGUGACACCACCUCGGCGCUGCUCUUCGAUGAGGGGUCCGUGGAAGCGCACGAGGCCGCCGCGGCUGACGGACUGAGAGAGCGGGCCUUGCAUCGAUGGCUGCAGAAGGCCCGUGCGGCACUGGGCGGCGGCGGUAGAGCAGGCGAAGUCUCAGUGGCGGAGGAUGCACGGCAGAGCCAUGGUGCAUCUGCAGCGACUAAGGAUGCGCCUUCAGUGUGCGUGUCGUCGAUGUCCUCGAAGCCUCCUGAAGCACGACUGUGGUCUAGUAGCGAGGCGGCACCCAUUCUUACCCAGCUGCUCGACGCCAUACGUCAGCUUGUCGUGCUCUAUCCGGCGUGCUUCGAGUACACACCGCAGUUUGUGUGCCUCCUGCUCGACCUCCUCCACAGCGGGCUGAUCAGCACCUUCAGUGUGAACUGCGAGCAGCAGGUGGAGGCGCAGCGCGUGGCAGAGGGCACCUUGUCGCUGAGUCAGUGGUGUGCUCUCCUGCUGUCCACGACGACGGCGACGUCAUCGACAGUGUACGCCACAACCCCUAUCACGGUCCAACUGUCACCCCUCAGGAGCACACUCGAGACGCGCUCGGAUGGCGGUGGCGGUGGCGGCGGCGGCGGCGGUGACGCCAACACUGUGCUCUUGCUGAGCAGAUCGUCGAAUCCCCGUGCCUCGGCGACGCCUGACUCCCUGCGCCAGCAGCUCCCAAGGUCGACGGCAGCAGCGGUAUCGUCACUCCACGCAGACCCAACCAGUGAGGCGGGUGGCGCUGAGGCAAGCGUGGGUGCAACCAUCUCGGUGGACGCAUCGUUCCAUCGCCUGGAUUCGGCCUUCCUGAUGGGCGACGCAGGUCUGGAGCAGGAGGAGUCGGGGGAGAACGCUGUGGAUAGCUGUCGCCGCAGUUGCAGCGACGCCGUAGAGAGGCAAGCCGUCGCCGUCCACCCUCGAAGUGGAAGUGGAGAGGGUGCGUCAGGCUGCCCUGCAGCCGGUAAGCAGCCGCGGCAGAGGACUGCCGCCGCACAGUCCUCGCCCAGCACCCGCGCCCCUGCCUUGCCGCCGCUCGGCCAAGAAGGAAAGACGGUGGGGGAGGAGACGCCGACGACGGGGGGUCGCUCGUAUACACCGCAGCUGCAGGCGCCGCCACCGGCGCGUCCUGAUGCGUCUCUCCACCUCUACGACUUUGACUGCACCACACAAUGGGGUGUCCCCGUCACAUCAGCGGCGCCACCGCUGCCGCGCUCGGGACACACCCUUCCCUCGCCCUUCUCGAUGUCCUUCUCCGCCACUUCAUCGCAGGCGUACACCGCACGCCACCAGGACGAGGCCUCGCUCUCAGCGAGUGGGCGGCAGACACAGCACCCACAGCAGCAAGCAGGCGGUGAUGCGAGUGGCGCCACGGCGGCGGAUGAGUUCUCUCGCCGUCUGCUGCCCAUCUCGUACGAUGCGCUCUACACCUCUGGUUACCUCAACCCGAACUUCUCCCUGCGCUACAACAGGGUCGAUGUCGGCCCACUCGUGGACUUCAUCCUCCCAUCCCAGCUUACACUGUGGCGAGCCGCGUACACACGUCACUCGUUUUGGGGCGCGCGGCAAGCGCAGCUGCAACACGCCACCGGACAGUAUCAACAAGAGCAGCACCGUGUGCGAGGAGCGGGCGGUGGCAUUGGACACAGCGGCAACGGCGGCGCUUUGGGCGUGGGUGGUGCACACAUCGGGGCAGAGGCGCACGGGAGUGGGUUGUGGAGCGCUGGUGCUUCCUCUACGGGGGCAGCGGCGUGGACGGGUCCCACCGCUAGCGCCGCACCAGAAGACGCGCGAUGGCAGUCUCGCAACAGCACCCCGCACGUCCCCUCAUUCGCCAGCGCCUCCGUCACGUCACGCGCUGGCGGCGGCGGCAGCACGGUCUUCUUCACGGGCGAAGAGGACGGUGAGAGUCGCUCGCAAGGUCGACCGGCGCACUUCACAGACGCGGCCGCCGCCGGCACUGCGACCCCCUCGACACCCGGCAUCUACCAGUUCCACAUCGGCUCCGACAGCGAGGCGGAGACGGACGACUGCCACUAG